AUGGCUGCUUCUGCUUCUGCUUCACUAACCUCGUUGGCGACUGAAGAGGAGCUAACACUGACAGUCAAAUGGAGCGGAAAGGAGUACACUGUCCGAGUCUGCGGCGACGAAUCCGUAGCCGAGUUGAAGCGCCGUAUCUGCGAACUCACCAACGUUUUGCCAAAGAGACAAAAGCUUCUUUACCCCAAAAUCGGUAACAAGCUCUCCGAUGACUCCGUUUUGCUCUCUGAAUUACCCCUCAAAUCCUCUCUCAAGAUGACCAUGAUUGGCUCAAGAACUAAUUAUGAAGGGUUAGGGCAAGCAGACCCCCUGGUCCCGGUCCCGGUUCCUUUACAUGUAAAAAAUAUUGAUCUUAUCAAUGGUGAAAAUUCUUUGUGCUCUCUCCCUUUGUCAAAAGAGCUUUUCCUGGAUCCUUCCCUGAAGACUAUUGACAUAAGCAGUGGCAGCAUAAGUGUGCUUAUCUUCUGUGAUACAGAAUAUGCAGAAUGCAACUAUGUUAACUGCUAUGAAUCAGCAAGUAGAGUAUUUGAAAUGGAUAUUAAAUUCCACUACAGAACUAUUGAAGAUGAUAUAAUCGUGGAUCAAGUGGACUCUCCAGAGAUUGUUGAUGAUUUUGAACUUGGGCAAGAUGAAGCUGUUGACAUUAAAGAUAAGGAAGUCAAUAAGCAGAAACUGAGGAGGCGUAUAGAUCAAUUCAAGAUUGAACUUAAAAAUCCAUGUCGUCCUGGAAAGAAACUGCUUGUUCUGGAUAUUGACUAUACGCUGUUUGAUCACCGAUCCACAGCAGAGAAUCCACUCGAACUCAUGCGGCCAUAUCUUCAUGAGUUUCUCACUGCCGUUUAUGCAGAAUAUGACAUAAUGAUAUGGUCUGCAACCAGCAUGAAGUGGGUUGAAUUGAAGAUGGGACAACUGGGGGUCCUCAACAAUUCUAACUACAAAAUCACAGCUCUUCUAGACCACCUAGCAAUGAUUACAGUUCAAUCAGACUCUCGAGGGAUCUUUGACUGCAAGCCACUUGGAUUGAUUUGGGCUAAAUUCCCAGAGUUUUACAGUUCAAAAAACACUAUAAUGUUUGACGAUCUAAGGAGAAAUUUCGUGAUGAACCCACAAAAUGGUUUGGUAAUCAAGCCAUUCAGGAAGGCUCAUGCAAACCGAGAUAAUGAUCAGGAGCUUGUGAAGCUCACACAAUACUUGCUCGCCAUAGCAGAUCUUGAUGAUUUAAGCGUCCUGGAUCAUAAAAACUGGGAAUUCUUUGCUGAGGACAAUACUAAAAGGCGUAGGCAUGGGUUUGAUCCACUAGAUCCUUUUGGCAACAUAACCAUCAAAUGGGAUCUUAUUCUUGCAGGUUCCGGUACAAAUAAUCUGAGGAUAUCAAUUUAUAACUUCCAACAAUAUCGCCAUGUGGAUCCACCUGGCUGGAAAUUGAAUUGGGCAUGGAAAGGCGAAGAGGUGAUCUGGUCAAUGCAGGGAGCUGAGGCCACUGAGCAAGGAAACUGCUCUGCAUUCCAGUCAGCAGUAAACCCUCCUCAUUGCUGUGAGAAGAAGCCAGUCAUCGUUGACCUUUUGCCUGGAGCCAAAUAUAACAUGCAAUCCCAAAAUUGUUGCAAGGGAGGUGUGCUUACAUCCAUCAAGCAAGACCCUUCUAAGUAUGGUGCUACUUUUGAGAUGACUGUUGGAGGUUCUGUCAGCUAUUCCGAAUUUAAGAUGCCAGAAAAUUUCUCUCUUGGAGUUCCUGGCUAUAGUUGUGGACAGGCAAUUGAUUCGGUACCCACCAAGUACACAACAGAUGGAGGCCGAAGAUGGACACAAGCUCUUAGUAAUCCCUUCCAGAAAUUUAAUUUCUACUUCUCCAUAACUAUACGUUGA